AUGGCCACCAAGGGCGCAGCUGCACAGCCGGGGCGCUGGGAGCCGAGGCGCAAGGCCGGCCCGCAAGCACGGGAAUUCCAGCUGAGCCAGAGAGACGUGUGCCGAGUAACUUCAGCUGCCAUUUCUGUGGUGCUCUCCAUCACCGGGGCCCUGCCAAGAUCUCCACGGUGUCCGUUUCUUUCAUCCUCACAGCAGCGCACGCUUUACACAGAUGAAGAUUUGGCACCAAAUGCGCCCAAGGUCACCAGCCCAGACGUGGAGGAAGCGGGCAGUUUGGAUCUGGAAUUUGUGCUCUCAAGCAUCGUGCUAGCUAGAGCCGCAGGUGGCGUGAGGGCUGGCGGUCACCGAGCAGUGGCCACCGGCCUUCUGCAGAAGGGGCUAACGGAUACCUUUGCUGAUGUCCAGGUCUCUGUAGUUGAUUGCCCUAAUUUGACUGAGGAGCCAUUUACCUUUCCCGUAAAAGGUAUCUGUGGGAAAACUAGAAUUGCAGAAGUAGGAGGUGUGCCUUACUUAUUGCCUCUUAUAAAUAAAAAAAAAGUUUAUGAUCUAAAUAAAAUCGCAAAAGAAAUCCAGCUUCUUGGAGCUUUUGUUCUGGGAGCAGGAGCAGGCCCAUUUCAGACUCUUGGAUUCAAUUCUGAGUUUAUGCCAGUCAUUGAGGUGAAAGCCAAAAGAAGAAUUGGAAAACUUAACUUUGUGACUUGUAUGAGGCAGACUCUUGAAAAACAUUAUGGAGAUAAGCCUGUAGGAAUGGGAGGUACUUUCGUGAUUCAGAAGGGAAAAGUGAAGACUCACAUUAUGCCGGCAGAAUUUUCUUCCUGCCCAUUGAACUCUGAUGCUCUGUCACAUUGA